GCACCCACAUUGCAAACUAUAAGCUCACGGACAUCGUAGCGCAGCACCUGUGCAAGAGCGGCACCAUGUCUUCAGCUGAGAACCCGCCUCCAACCGUGGGAGUCACAAUGUCUCCUGGCAGUGCCUACAGCCAUGGAUACAACGAUCGUUUCUCGCCGCGGUGCACGCGCCACCUGAACGGAGACCGCACAUCGCCCGGUGUUGGGGUUUGGAGGCAAUACGCCAUUUCCAUAUCUCGUUUCGACAGCAACGGACGGAGCGCUAUUGCGGCGGCAGUGGGCCACCUGCCAACCAAAGUGCGGCCGCGCCAUGCGCACCGCAUCAAGCACGGCCUGGAGCUGGAGAAGGAGUUGGUGUGGGUUUGGAGGGGUAUGCUGAUUGGGCUGGGCAUCUUCUUCGCCUUUCUGGCGGCCAUCACGCUCGGCCUCAUCUACGCGGUCGGCUUCGCUUCCAAGAACACAGUGGUCGAGAACAGCACGCUGGUGACCCGCGGCACUCAGGCGCCGGUGCAGGUCGGCAACAGCGCCUUCACAGUGGAUAGCCGGAACAUGCUGGUCGCGACGCACCCGGGCAACAGCAGCAACACAACCGUGCCGCUGCUGGUGCAGACAACGACGGUACAGACGCUCAAGCUUCUCUCCAGUAACAUGACUGCGUCCGAGCUGCAGUCUGUCCGGAAAGUCUACCUGAAGUCCACAGAUGGCACCGAGCUGGCACUGAAGGUGACGUCAUGCACGCUGCGGGAGGACUCCUCAGCACCUGGCCGUGGGCUGCGUGUGGCGCUGCUGUCCACGCCCAGCGGCAUGCUGCAGCUGCGCGGCGAGGCGGUCAGCGUGGUGGCGCCAGGUGCGGGCGGCGUGCUGCUGCAACAGGAUGGCAGCCCCAUGGCGGGCCUCGCUGGCGUCUUCGGAAUGCUAUCUUAAGCGCGUGGAGAGGCAUCGUGUCCGUAUGGCAUGGGCACUGGAUGGAGGGCUGAUUACUGACCUGAACGUAAUGAGUUACAUGCCCGGAGCGGCCACCAUCCAGUGACGGGACCGCCUUCACCCUAUGCGUCUAGACGCUUUGUGUCUGUGGCGGGGUGUAUGGGGGCUAUGGGCAUGGCGCUGUGUUGUGCUGCCUUCUUGGAACACACACUUGCUUGGCGCUGUAGAGCUGGCUGCCUGGGUGACGAACUGACGAUAUUGGCUGCUUGACAUGAUGUACGUGCGCACUGGGUUGGAGGGCCCGCGUCAACUACGACUGCGCGUGCCAGCAUUAUUACAGGACCUUACCAGCAUCUUUUCUUCCGCCGGUGAGUAGCUCUACAGGGGCGCCCACGCACCCUUCGUGGGCUGUUCCUGCGUCUCACCAAAGCGGUUCCGCAUUAAUCAUUUAUACACAGCAUUCAUGCACACAUUGCUACGUGUGUCUACAACAAUUGUCGGUGGGUUGCCGUACCGUAUGUCAAGAGAGCACCGGUACCGGUUGGUAUCGCUUGGUACGGUUUGCACAACUACCGGUUGAUAUGCAAUUACUGCAUGCAUGGAAUUAAGCUACCGCAGGGGUGAGCCAGGUGUCUGGGGUCUGAACGCGACCCUUUGUGUGGUGUGAGCAAAAGGCUGCAAUGCCUCACCUGUGACCAAGGGUCCAGGGCUACACACCCGUCUGGUGCACAUGUGAUGCCCCUUCUGGCACCGUGUGAUUUCGUUUCUCUUUGAAGCUACGUCGAUAACGUGCGUGCUUGACGUGUGACAAUAGUGACAGGCUAGCGUGGGAUUCGGUAUGGGUGCGGGGUUCGCUGUAACAUCCGCGGAAACCUGGAGUCGAGCGCAUACCGCGCUGCAGUAGGGCAGGGCUUGAACGGUUAAACCGUUAAGGCGACUCGUGAAAGGAGUACAUAGGAUGAUAGGACGCGUAGCGCAGGGAGCGGCGGCAGCAGCAGAGUUGGAGGCAGGUGCUGUCACCGGCGCUGCCGCUGCCGCUGCGGUUGCUGUGCAGCAGGGCGGCGGGUAAGGUGGAGGCGGCGCAUGUGGCUGGAUAGACAGCUCUGUACGCCGUCCGGAAUUUAAGUCCGUCGACGAGGGGAAGCCGCUUCGGCGCCGAUAGCCCCCAUACAUCCCGCCACAAACGCCAUGCGUCUCAACGCAUAGGGCGUAGGCGGUCCCGUCACUGGAUGGUUGCCGCUCCGUGUGGGUGGGGCCCGGCGCGGCCUUUGGCCCCCUAGAGGCGGGGGCGCCUGACCGCCUGAGGACCCCAGUUGGCCCGAGACCUGGAGAAGUUAUUGGAAAGGCCGCGGGCAUGUACAUUGGAGUGCAGAGAAACGCCGAGACGCAGAGAGGCGGCCUGGCCAUGUAACCCAUGUUGCCUUGGGCUAUGCUGGCCUUUCUGUCCUUGCUGCGUGCGCACUCCUGUGUAAGUUGACUCGUGUUGUCAUGCACCCGAACGCAGCACGUAAGGCGGUUACGGGCCAUCCCGGACUCCGCAUUCCUGUGUAUGACGCAGGAACAGGGGUAUCCUGAACAGGAAGGCACUCGAAACAGAACCGCCACCUGGUAACCAUACUCGCGUCCCUUCCCCUGCCCCAAUCACGACUGAUACCACAAACGUAUGUUAUGGGUCCGUACUGCAUGGCCGUACCGUAAGCCACAGCUCAGGGUCAGAGUCGCUCAA